AUUCAGACCAGGCAUUUUAAGCAAUAUAAAGAUAAUAAAGUUAUAGUUAAAUCACAUACAAUGGCCAGCCCCGUGGAACUGCUCAGCCUCUCCAAUCCCGUCUUCAAGAGUUUCACCUUUUGGGUCGGAGUUUUGGUGAUCAAAAUGCUGCUGAUGAGCCUUCUGACAGCCAUCCAGCGGUUCAAGACGAAGACCUUCGCCAACCCCGAGGACCUGAUGUCCCCCAAGCUGAAGGUCAAGUUCGACGAUCCGAACGUGGAGCGUGUGCGCCGUGCCCACCGCAACGACCUGGAGAACAUCCUGCCCUUCUUCGCCAUCGGUCUGCUCUACGUCCUGACUGAUCCGGCCGCCUUCCUGGCCAUCAACCUGUUCCGCGCCGUGGGCAUCGCCCGCAUCGUCCACACACUGGUCUACGCCGUGGUCGUGGUGCCCCAGCCUUCCCGAGCCCUAGCCUUCUUCGUGGCCCUGGGCGCCACCGUCUACAUGGCCCUGCAGGUCAUCGCCUCGGCCGCCUUCUAAGCACAUAGGUCUAGUCCUUCUUGUUUUUUUUUAAAGCAUUUUGAAAUAAUUUCAUAAAUAUAGAGUAGAGUUACGCCUACCUCGGCUUUGGUGCUGUUG